GUUUCAUUCUCAUUCUGUGCCUCCCUUCACUCUCAUCAGCAGUGUAAGAACUCCGUACAAUUUUCACCCGCCAUUCUUCUGUUGUUCUUCUCCAGAAACUUUUAAUCAAGGCCGCGCUCUUAGCUAUCGCCCAAUCAGAUGGCUUCGAUUUACUUUUCUUGCUCUCCCGCCACUCCGUCUCGCUGUCGACAGUUCAAUGGGCUCCAAUGUGGAAAUAUGCAUUCUUUGAAUGGUGUAGAGUCCUGCAAGCAGCUGAGUGGAAAAGUGGGAUCCAGUAUCAAUACUUGUUUGAAACCUAAAUCGUCACUAUUCUCUGGGAAAGGCGACCUUGUUCGUCAUUCUGCUGGUUCUAAUGUGGCAAGUAAUGCUCUCAUCAGUGACUUAUUUGGUGGGGUCGAGGUACAAUCUGAUUAUGUAGUACUUUCAGCUGAUAUGGCUCCAACUACUAGUGGCUUCCCUGUUGGAAAUGAUGAAUUUGAUUUAGACCUGCCAUCAGAAGGUUUCUCAUCUAUUCCAGAGGCCAUUGAAGACAUUUACAAUGGAAAGAUGGUUGUUGUUGUAGAUGAUGAGGAUCGAGAAAAUGAAGGGGAUCUAAUAAUGGCUGCAUCAAAAGUUACGGCAGAAGCCAUGGCUUUCUUUGUGAAGCAUGGAACUGGAAUAGUUUGUGUGAGCAUGAAAGGAGAAGACUUGGAGAGAUUGCAGCUUCCCCUGAUGGUAAGCCAGAAAGAAAACGAGGAGAAACUCUGUACUGCAUUCACUGUUUCAGUGGAUGCCAAACAUGGUACGACCACAGGUGUCUCGGCACAUGACAGGGCGACAACAAUAAAGGCUCUCGCAUCAAAAGAUUCAAAGCCUGAGGAUUUCAACCGCCCAGGACACAUAUUUCCAUUAAAGUACAGGGAGGGUGGUGUUCUAAAAAGAGCUGGGCAUACAGAAGCUGCUGUGGAUCUUGCGAUGCUAGCUGGGUUAGAUCAUGCUGGAGUUUUAUGCGAGAUUGUUGAUGAUGAUGGUUCUAUGGCUAGAUUACCAAGGCUUUUGCAAUUUGCGCAGAAAGAAAACUUGAAGAUUGUAUCUAUUGCAGAUUUAAUAAGAUAUAGGUGGAAGAGAAAUAGAUUAGUGGAACAUGCCUCUGCUGCUCGUAUACCAACUAUAUGGGGCCCAUUCACUGCAUAUUGCUAUAGGUCAAUUUUGGAUGGGAUUGAGCAUAUUGCAAUGGUUAAGGGUGAUAUUAGGGACGGACUAGAUAUUCUUGUCAGAGUACACUCAGAAUGCCUCACUGGAGAUAUAUUUGGAUCAGCCAGAUGUGAUUGCGGGAACCAGUUGGCACUGGCAAUGCAACAGAUUGAAGCAGCUGGCAGGGGUGUUCUAAUUUACCUCCGUGGUCAUGAGGGACGUGGAAUUGGUUUGGGCCACAAACUUCGUGCUUACAAUCUGCAAGACGAUGGGCAUGAUACUGUUGAGGCAAAUGAGGAGCUGGGUUUGCCUGUUGAUUCAAGAGAGUACGGGAUUGGUGCUCAGAUACUGAGAGAUCUCGGGGUUAGAACAAUGAAGCUAAUGACAAACAAUCCUGCAAAGUACAUCGGUCUGAAGGGCUACGGUUUGGCUGUUGCAGGCAGGGUUCCAUUAGUUACUCCCAUCACAAUGGAAAACAAGAGAUAUUUGGAGACGAAACAUUCCAAAAUGGGACACGUUUAUGCGGCAGAUGUGAAUGGCCACCCAACCAGCCAUCACUAGCAAAAAUGAAUGACCGAUGUAAAUGGCCAAUCUGCCAUAAGCAUCUGCCCAUUUUGAACAUGCCGAUUCUGGCGAGGUAUGUCGAUGGAGUUGAAGAACAAAGCUACUGCAUUGUACCAGGCAAGAUUGGAAUAACACAUAGUUUUGUUUCUAAGCUGUUAAUGUUAAUUAUGUCAUCAGGUGAUUAGCUUAGAUUUGGCUGCAGCAGCUGAUUUGAGUCUGAACUUGCAAAGAAUCAGCAGCAUUGAUAAUAAUUCAUUUUCAAGCUUGGAUGGAAUUUGUUC